GGAAAUUCUAACAACUGUCAAUAAGACAGAUAAGAGAAGAAUUUCACCAUUUCCUUCAUAAAGUUAUGAGGUGAAGGGAGCUCUACACAACGCAAGAGGAAACUUUUCUCAGCAUUUAAGUUCUGAGAAUGGACGAUUCAAAGCGAUCAUCGUUUUUGACAUUACUGUUUGUGAUACUGGCUGUUGUUGUACUGGGGGUUAUAAUUGCUGCCAUUGUAAUUGGGGCCUACUUUCUAAGAGACUGUCCUGUCCAGCCCUACAUCCCAGUCUACCUUAUAGUAUUUGGUGUAUUUGUUUUGCUCGUUCUGUUAGUGAGCCUGGGCUUAUUGUGUGGUACAUGUGCAAAAGACACCCUGGAGCUGCUGCUGCUGUCUAUGCUGAUCAUCUCUAUCAGCUUCAUCCUCUACCUAUUUGUUGUCUGCUGGUUCAUCACAGGGAGUGUCUGGAUAUAUUCUGUACAUCCUCCCAGUUAUGACCCAACUGAUCAACAGAACUACUGCAACAAAACUCUGUACCUCUUUGCAUUCUGGUUGAAUACAGUCUGUUACGGCUGUCUGGCUGUCCUUUUGCUUUGUCCUGGAUUUUUAGUGCUUCAUAUCUGUAUAAAACAUACUUGUCAAAGACAAUUUGCUUUAAACUCUCAGCAACAAGCAUAAUAUGUUUUUUAAUGUAUUACGAUUUAAUAUUUAGCAGGUGCUUAUUAUUGUAAUCAUACAUUUGAUCAAUAUGUUUCCUAAGAAUCAAAUCUAUAACCUUGACAUUACAUAUCCUAUUUUCUACCAGUAUAGCGCUAUGGAAAAGCACCUCUUUAGGGUGAACUGUUUUGACAUGAUAUAUUUAUAUCCAGUUCAAAAUCAAGGCCUAGACUAGAAGGUAAUGUUCAGCUUAACUUAAAAAAUAUCUAUGUAAAUAAAAAUGUAUACUGUCACCUAUAAUGGUCAUUCUAUUCAGACUUUGUUAAAUGAAGAUUUUUAUUUUAAAAAAAUAUAGAGAGAGGCAAAAAAGCGGCUGUUAUGUUUCAGUUUGGAUUUGCAAAAACAGUUUCUCAACAUUUCACCAAAGGAAGUGUUUCAAAGCUACUGGCUGAGUCUAACAACCACAGAACUGUGAAAACAUACUGGUCGACUCAGAGCAGCUCUGUCCGGUUUAACCAGAGUAUCCUAUUCACAUCUUCAUAAGCUAAUUUUGGGGGCCCUCCUCAUAUCUGAAAGUCUAUGAGGCCAAUUAACAAGAAAGAAUUCACAUUUCUAUGGACUGUUUAAGAAAUCGUUAAAGAUGGAGACUACUGAGACAGCUGCCAGAAAAUCUUUCAUUGUGAUGAUUAACAUGAUUGGUUGGAUGAUUUUAAUAACAUCUACUGGAUUAGGAACGAUCCAUUUUCAUGAGUGCCCUGUUCAACCGAACCUCCCCAUCUACAUGACUGUGAUUGGAGCAACUGGUCUGCUUUCACUGUUGAUCCUGUACCUGAAGAACACUUUGGAUGACUGUUUGCUGGCUCGCUUCUGCAGUGCCUUCAGCUUUAUGCUCUACCUAUUCAUUGUGUGCUGGUUCUUUGCUGGUACCUACUGGAUUUACUCCAUAUAUCCUCCCAACUAUGUUCCCACCAGUUCUGGAGACCAUUGUCAUAAAGCCCUGUAUCUGUUUGCAUUUUGGAUUAACAAUCUAAGCUUUCUCUGUGUGUUCAUAUUGUCUCUUUUUGUUGCGGAACUAGUGGCAAAAUGCUUGCAGGCACGGGAAAUGGCUUACUGUCCGUACAGUGGGUUUCCAGUCGGCGCUGCUAUUUUGACGACAGGGGGCGCCAUUAUUACUGGCUGUAAUGUUGAGAAUGCCUCCUAUGGCCUUACUGUAUGUGCGGAGAGAACUGCCAUACAGAGGGCCGUCGCAGAAGGCUACCGAAGAUUUACAGCCAUAGCUGUCACAUGUGAUAUCAAAGAUAGUUUUGUGGGACCAUGCGGUGCUUGUCGACAGGUGUUAAUGGAGUUUGGCACAGAAUGGGAUGUUUACCUCACUAAGCCUGAUGGGACCUAUAGGAAGACCAGUCUCAGAGACCUCUUGCCUUUAGCAUUCACCCCGGCUCACCUGCAAAAGAACUAAAUGCACUGUCUUAAAAUUGAUAUUUUUGUCUUUUUACAUUUUGAAAAUAUUUUUUUUUUGAUUAAGUUGAAUAAUGAGUCCAACUAUGAAGACUUAAAAUGUGAGCUUCAACUCAAUCCCCACUAGAGAGCACUAUAAUACAAACGCCCACUUUCAAAUAUGAUACUUAAUAAUGGUCAGAAAUGUUUAAACAGUUUGCAUGCAAUGCCAACUUUUUUUCUUUUUAAUGCAUAGAAAAUAAACUGUAAAAGAAAAUAAAUUGUAAAAUAUUAACACUACUAAUAUUUAUUUGGCAAGGACACAUUAAUGUGAUCAAAAAUGACAAUAAAGACCUUUAUAAUGUUAUAAAAAAAAAAUCUAUAUCAAAUAAAUGCUGUUCUUUUAAACUUUCUAUUCAUCAGAAUCCUGAAAAAAAAAAAAUCAUAGUUUUCACAAAAAUAUUAAGCACCAGAACUGUUUUUAACUGAAAAAUAACUGUAUACGUUCAGCUGUUAGGAAGAUAUCUGAAGGGUGUUGUGAUGCUAUCACAGGAAUAAAUACUUUUUAAGAUAUACUUAAAAACAGUUAUUUUAAUUUUUAAUAAUAUUUGUCAAUAUUGUUAUUUGCACUGUAUUUAUGAUCAAAAUAAAUGCAGCCUUAGUAAACAUAAGAAACUUCUUUUAAAAACAUCUCAGACUGGUUAGCUAGAAGACACAGGAUGCCUUAAAGCAGGGCUUGAUGAGGACAGUUUUCCCAGUAGAGAGAAUUAUUGGUAAUCCCUGUAACCCUGCUGCCCCGGGACUGUUUGAAAUUCUCCUCACUGUGAGGCAGAGGGGGCCAACAUACUGUUCUGUCACAUGGGAAAAACACUCACACAUUGUUCUCUUGGUAGGCUGAGAGGAAAAGUGAACAUUACUGUGGGAGAGACCACAACGAAAAACAACAUGUCUUUGUCAGGGGUGUUUAAUUUCUGAACUGAGGCAUUAAGAAAAGUGUUGACAACAAUCACAUAAAUGCAGAGGUGGACAGUAGUGAAGUAUUUUUUACUUUACUCAAGUAAAUUAAAAAAGAAUCUGUUUUUUAUCACAGUGUUGUAAUUUGUAAUUUGUUGCUUCACUACAUUCCAAGGCAUGUCAUACUUUUUACUGCACUUUUUUUUUUACCUUUAAUACUUAAAAACAUUAAAAAUUUAGUACUUUGUUGUACUUGAGUAAAUCUUUGAAUUACUUUUACUUGAGUAAAAGUAAGGAAGUACUAGAUUUCUAAUGUAAUUAUUAAAUAUUUAAUCUAUUGCAGAAAUGUAGUGCACUGUAAAAAAAAAAAUUGUUUCAGCUUAAAAAAAGUGUUCGUGCUGCCAUAACAAUUUAAGUCUCCACUGUAAAAAACUAUUUGUUGAGACAACUUAAAAUAAUUUGUAACGUGCUGCCUUAAAAUUUUAAGUUCAGUCAACUCAAAAAAAAGUUUAUUCAACUUGAAAUGUUAAAUUAUACUAAGUGACAACUUGGAUAUUUGAGUUGAAUCAACUUACAAUUUUAAGGCAGCUGGGUUACUUACCCAUCUGUUAGGUUUAGCAAACACAAAUAUCUAAGUUGUGACUUAGUACAACUUAACAUUUCAAGUUGACUAAACUUAUUUUAGUUGACUGAACUUAAAAUUUUAAGGCAGCAGGGUAGCAAAUUAUUUUAAGCUGACUGAACAAAUUGUGUUUUUUUUUAUUUUUUACAGUGUAGGCAACUCAAAUAUCCAUGUUUUUCUGUAGUACAACUUAACAUUUAAUGUUGACUAAACGAACACUUAAAGUUAAAACAACUUUUUUUUUACAGUGUGCAGUAAAAAGUACAAUAUUAUGCUUUGUAAUGUUGUGAAGUAAAUUUUCUGAAGAAAAACACUAACACAGAAACACAAAGUUCAGACACUUGAAAAGUACUUUUAAAACAGAGUAGAAAUACUUCACUACUGUUCGCCUCUGCAUAAAUGCUAAGAAAGAUGUAAGCAUCAACUUUAUAGCACAGUGUUGGUCAAGCAAACCACAACUGUAAAUAGAAUGCUGCUGAAAUGAAACUGAGGAAAUGUAGUGCACUGUAAAAAAAAAAUUGUUUCAGCUUAAAAAAAGUGUUCGUGCUGCCAUAAAAAUUUAAGUCUCCACUGUAAAAAACAAUUUGUUGAGAUAACUUAAAAUAAUUUGUAACGUGCUGCCUUAAAAUUUUAAGUUCAGUCAACUCAAAAAAAAGUUUAUUCAACUUGAAAUGUUAAAUUAUACUAAGUGACAACUUGGAUAUUUGAGUUGAAUCAACUUACAAUUUUAAGGCAGCUGGGUUACUUACCCAUCUGUUAGGUUUAGCAAACACAAAUAUCUAAGUUGUUACUUAGUACAACUUAACAUUUCAAGUUGACUAAACUUAUUUUAGUUGACUGAACUUAAAAUUUUAAGGCAGCAGGGUAGCAAAUUAUUUUAAGCUGACUCAACAAAUUGUGUUUUUUUUUUUUUUUUUACAGUGUAGGCAACUCAAAUAUCCAUGUUUUUCUGUAGUACAACUUAACAUUUAAUGUUGACUAAACGAACACUUAAAGUUAAAACAACUUUUUUUUUACAGUGUGCAGUAAAAAGUACAAUAUUAUGCUUUGUAAUGUUGUGAAGUAAAUUUUCUGAAGAAAAACACUAACACAGAAACACAAAGUUCAGACACUUGAAAAGUACUUUUAAAACAGAGUAGAAAUACUUCACUACUGUUCGCCUCUGCAUAAAUGCUAAGAAAGAUGUAAGCAUCAACUUUAUAGCACAGUGUUGGUCAAGCAAACCACAACUGUAAAUAGAAUGCUGCUAAAAUGAAAUAAAAAUUGA